AUGAUUUCCAAAAAUAAUGAGAAUCCAAUGGAAAAAAAAAUUUCUGAAAAAAAGUUAAAUGAAUUAAGUGACAACUUCUAACAAUUUAAGGUAUUUUUAAACUUAAAAAUAAGGUAGGAGAUCUAGUUUAAAAUCGAUUUUUUAUAAGUCAAAAAAUAGGUGAAGGGUCUUUUGGAUCAGUAUUUAAAGUUAAUGAUCAAAACAAUAAUAAUGCAGCUUUAGCAAUAAAAAUUCAAUCUAAGGAUGAUGAGACAAAUUUAUUAGAAAGAGAGAUUAAAGUUUUGAUUGAAUUAAGGUAAUCAAUUAUGACAUUAGUAUAAAGAAAAUAUUAAGGAUUUCCACAAAUAAAGUUUUAUGGAUAAGAAAGAGGCUUUACAUAUUGCAUAAUGCAAAUGCUUGGAAAAAAUUUAGAAUAAAUAUAUAAAGCACUAGGAAAUGCUAUGAAAUUAGCUACUGUCUUAAGAUUGGCAACUUAAGUAAGUAAAAUUUUAUAUAUCAGUCAAUAGAUGAUUGAAAGAAUAGAAAUAAUGCAUGAAAAUCGUUUUUUACAUAGAGACAUAAAACCAGAUAAUUUUGUUAUAGAUGGACCUAACAAUCCUAAAUUAUUAUAUUUAAUAGAUUUUGGUUUAUCUAAAUAUUACAUAGUAAUUUUUUUUAAAUGAAAUUAGAAUAAAAAAGGAGAUCACAUAGUAUAAGUAAAAAAGACUGGAUUGAUUGGGACUGCCAGAUAUGCAAGUGUAACUGCUCAUGAAGAAAUGGAAUAAUCUAGAAGGGAUGAUUUGGAAAGCAUUGGAUAUGUUUUAAUCUAUCUAGCGACAGGAUAUUUACCAUGGAUGAAUUUAUAAAUAGAUAAAAAAGAUUUAAAAUAUGCAAAAAUUAAAGAAAUAAAAAAAGAUAUUAAAAUGGAAGAAUUGUGUAAAUAAUUACCAAAGGUACAUUUAAUUGUAAAUAAUAUAACUUAGUGCUUUUAAUAAUAUAUGACAGAUGUAAAAUCAUUGGAAUUUAAAGAGACACCAAAUUAUGUUCAACUCAAAUCUUAUUUUCAGAAUUAGAUUGAAGAAGAUAAUAAAUUAUUGUUAAAUAAUGAAUAACCUUUUUCUUAUGAUUGGGAGAGUCUCCCUGAAUUUAUAAAAUAAAAAAAACAUUAAACAUUUCAUGUCUUAUAAGUAAAAUAUUCAUUUAUUUAGAAUUAAACAAAAAAUGAAAUCAUUUAAAUUGUAAUUAAUCCAUAUAAAUAAAAUUAAGUAGCAAAAUAAGAAUUAUUUUUAAACAAAGAAAUAACUCAAAUUUAAUAAAAUUCUAUAUAAGUUGAAUAAUCUACAUUUGAAAAGUUAAGGAAUGAUUAAUAGAAAAAUUUAAAUUAAGUUUCGAAUAAUCCUUAAUUUUAAAGUAAAAAACAGCCUUUCGUGAUUGAAGGCUAAAAAGAUCUUUUAUAACCUUUGCUCAUAGAUGAAAGUAGAAUUACAAGGAUAUAAAAUCAUUCGACUACACUCUUAUAAAAUCCUUAAUUUAAUUCAUCUUUCUAAUUUGAUUCAUUUAUUUAACCUUCGAUAGCAACAUCGAAAAUUAAUAAUUAUAUUGAAAGUGAAACUGUUAUUAGUGAAGGAAAUGUUCUACCAAUAUGGAAUACAAAAGAAAGUUAGCCAGAUUCUUAAUAGAAAGCUGGAAUUUUUGAAGGAAUCAGAAAGCCAAGUUAAAUAAUAUUAAGAAAAUAACGAAAGAUUCAUUCAUGUACAAAUUAAUGUGAAUUUAGAAAUUGAUACUUUAAAAUAAAUGUAAGAUCUAUUAGUAUAUCCUAAUUUAAUAAAUGGAGACAAUGAAACAAAUAUUGAAGGAUUAGAAUGAAAAUAGGAG